AUGAAAAAUAUAUCUGCUUCUUGUUCCAAAACGGCUUCUUUUUCUUCAACCCAAUUCAUUCCACAACUCUUCUUUGUAAUCUCUCUCUUCCAUGUUUCCUUUGCAACAAGAAAACUCACUGAGUUGUUCCAAGAACCGCAAACCCAGCACUUGGAUUACCACAAAGGCCAUCUUCUUUUCGGGAAAACUUUCAUCAACCUUAUCUGGUACGGCAAAUUCAAGCCAUCCCACAGAGCAAUCAUCUCUGAUUUCAUCACCUCACUCUCAUCUUCAUCAUCUCAAAGCCAACUCUCCGUCGCCACGUGGUGGAAGACCACUGAGACAUACUACCACCUCGCCAAUGCCAAGAGACCUUUAUCUCUGUAUCUGGGUGAACAAAUACUCGAGGAAAGCUACUCGCUCGGAAAGUCACUCACACAGAAACAAUUGGGUAAGAAUUACAGGUUUGCAUACAUCUGGGUUGGCAAGUCGGAGACUCAGUGCCCUGGUUACUGUGCCUGGUUGUUUCAUCAACCCAUUUAUGGACCACAGACUCCACCCCUGGGUGCACCCAAUAAUGAUUUGGAUGCUGCACAUUUGGACUUCCCUUUUCGUUUGCCAUUACUUGG